GUAACCAGCAAGAAACUGACAACGUCGGUACGGUGUAACCUCAAUCCCAUAGUGCUCAAUCCUUUAAAUAUAAAUAUCAAAUAUUUAAUAUUCAAAGGUGUAUUUUAUGAGUCUUCAGACCUCAGUCCACCCUGUUUGUUCGUCUAAAUCCAUCCAGAAUUUGCGCCGAGAAAAUGAGAAAAUUGCUGGAAAUUAAGCACUACCGCUGCUUGUUGCUGGCGCUGAUCUGCUUCUGCUUGGGCUGCUUUCUCUCGCUCAGUCUGGUCUCAAUGGAGAAGCCCUGUGUGCUUGAGACGGAAGAUCACGAGUUCAACAUAAUGCAGAACAGCAAGCUGAAGAACCCGGAGCUGAUUAUUCUGGUGCUCUCUGCCUACAAGAAUCUGGAGCGACGAAACGCCGCCCGGCACAGCUGGAUGCAAGUGGGCCGAAAAGCCGUGACUGGGAACAGCUACAAUUUCAAGCCCUACUUUGUGAUUGGCAGCUUGGGGUUGACUAACGACGAUAUUCUGCAUCUGAGCUCUGAACAGUCUCGGUUUGCGGAUAUUCUGAUCCUGCCCAUACACGAUCGCUACGAGAAGUUAGCGGAAAAGGUUCUGAGAAUGUUCCAGUGGCUGAGCGAGCAGCUCAAGUACGGCUUGGACUUCAAGUAUGCGCUAAAGUGCGACGACGACACCUUUGUUAACGUGCCAGCUCUGCUCAGCGCUGUGCAGCAGAUGGAAAAGACUCUGGAGACGUCCAGCUUCCAGACCCCGCCGGAAAAAUUCAACAGUUUCAUCACUACAAAUGUGCAGUGCAAUGAUCAAUCCUCAGGCCUGCACCUGGCAAACAUGAGCUGGUAUUGGGGCUAUUUUAAUGGAAACGCCCAUGUGAAAGCCGGAGGCAAGUGGAAGGAAAGCGAGUGGAUUGCUUGCGAUAAAUACGUGCCGUAUGCGCUUGGCGGGGGCUAUAUUCUAUCCAAACCUUUGGUCAGCUACAUAGCGAACAAUGCUGCGAACUUAAGGCUGUUUAAGGCCGAGGAUGUCAGCGUAGGCCUGUGGCUUGCCCCCAUUACGAACAUCAUCAGAAUCCACGACGUUCGAAUGGACAGCGAAUGGACAACGCGCGGCUGCAAAGACCACUAUUUGCUCACGCACAAGAUCACGCCUUCUGAUAUGCGCUUGAUGGCCGGAAAUUUCCGGGCAACGAGCAAACUAUGCACCAAACAGAGCGAGGUUCGACGCCACUACUUCUACGAUUGGUCAAUUCCUCCUAGUCGCUGUUGCAAACCUGUCUGAAGACAUCGAGAGGGUUUUUUCUUUGGUUUUGUGCUGUUUUCAACAUUCGCUAAGGGGUCAAGAGAGGCCCAAGCCAACCAUCCGAUUGGAGGAAGGUGCAGAGUUUCAGCAAGGCUAUUUGGAGAUUAAAUGCUCACUCAAAAGACACAUUCUUGGUUUAUUCGGUUGCAUCACUGACAAACAUUAAACGAUAAAUUAUAUAA